AUGUCAUUCCCAAGCCCAGCGCCGUCAGCGCCCACACGAGAGUUCACGCAAGUCCCUGUGACCUCGCUCGCCUUCUGCCACACGCGUGGGGGCCGCGCGUUGGUCCUGUCAGGGGAGGACACGGAAGUCAGGGUCUACGAUGCAGAGUCGUCCGCGCUCCUCUGUCGCGUCCCUGUUUUCCACGAGCAGCCCGUCCACGGUCUGUCCAUAUUGGACGGGAAAGUCCUGGCAUGGGGCGCCAAGUAUGUCGCCGCCUUUGAGAUCCGGGGCGUGGAGGAAGGCACACGUCCACAGGUGGUCAGGGCGGUGGCACCAGACUGGAUCUACGAUGGGCGGUGGAAUCCAUUCGACACCUCGUCGGCUGUGCUUGUGACGGCGCACAACGAGGUUGUCCGCUUGGCUGUGGCCCUUGAAGAAGGAGAAGAAGAAGAAGAACAAGAAGAAGAAGAACAAGAAGAAGAAGACAAGAUGGGCUGCAAAGCGGUGGUCUCGCCCGCGCGACCGAACCUCUACUCGGCAGAGCUCGCGUGGCUGGAUGAGCACACAGUACUCGUGGCUGCCGGCACAGCGUUCGGUGAGAUUCUGAUUUGGAAAUACUACACACACCAUGACGCGAGCGAUCCGUCUUCGUCGUAUGAGAUGCUAUUUGUCUUGACGGGCCACGAGGGCUCGAUCUACGGGGUCAGCAUUGCGCCAGAAGCGAUCGACAUCCACGGGGAGAGUGUCCGGCUUCUGGCGAGCUGUAGCGACGACAGGACGGUGAGGGUGUGGGACAUUACGGAGAGGGCCGCGAACAAGAAGACGUACGACAGUGGCCACUUUAACAAGGCCAGGGAGACUGGCUUUACCGACUACUUGGCGGCCGACAGCCAGCCCGUCAUGGACGCUGUGCCGCCCGUGUCGAUGGCCAUGGGCCACCUGUCAAGGAUAUGGGGCGUCGAGUUUGGCGCUGGUCCCAGCACGGACAUGGCCAUUUACACCUUCGGAGAGGACGCGACGACGAACAAGUGGCAGCUUGUCAUACAUCCUCCCGCAUCUCCCGAUGAUGCGGGAGCUGGAGGACCCCUGACGGGCCAACUGCAUCUUGUCAGGACCUUCUCCUACCACGAUGGGAAACACUUGUGGUCACACGCGGUCCUCAGAGAGCAGCAAUGUACCCUCAUCGCGACAGGCGGGGGCGAUAGCCGGAUCACGCUUAUCAACGACGAGCGACGAGCACAGCCUGAGCCCGACUCUCAUGAUGAAUUGGCGACAAAGCUUGACGUGCGGGACAUUUGUCCGGUCGACUCGGCAGUGCUGCCACCAAGCAAGAAGCCAGAAGUGCUGGGUCGCUUCGACUUUAUAGCCCCUGGCCAGAUACUCAUGACCACAUCCGCCGGUAGGCUUUUACUGGGAGACCUCGGCUCCUCUAGUCGUCAGUGGGAGCGCAUUGAGCUGGAACCGCUCGUGCAAGAGGAUCUAAAGGGGUGCUACGUGCUCAAGUGCGCCUUGCCGGGGAACGCGGUGUUGGGCACGACCGGGGGCCAUGUCUACCUGUACAAUGGGAAAGCAGGCACCGUUGCUCACGUAACGCACGUGAAAGGAAAGAUCACCGACAUUUACUGCCUCAGCCAGCCUGGACAGAUGUCGCAGAUUGACAUCUUGGUCCACGUGUUUGGCCACGUACAGCCGCAGUACCUAGUCCUCGACCCGCAGACGGGCAACAUACUCGAUGCGGUGGAUCUAUCUGGGCUCGACUACCGCUUCGUGACCACGUCUGCGACCAAGAUAGGAGACUACCUCCUCAUGGGCUCCCGGAGUGGUUGGCUGUCUGUCCUGCGCCGGCGUGGUCAGGACUACAGCCGCGUCCUUGAGUUCCCCUGCCCCAACAGGGACGCCAUCACGUCGAUAGUGCCCUUACCGAGGCGUGCAGGCGAGGAGGCCCCAGGGACGCAAUUCUAUAUCCUGCUGACCACGCGAGACGGGAAGUACCGAAUCUACGAGUUUACACACGCCCCAGACGCACCCUCGCCGAGCCUGGCGCUGUGCCACGAAGCGUGGCUCCCCUUUGGACCGAUGGUUGAGGGCGCGUGCUUCACGGCCGAUGCCACGCCCGAGCUCCUUCUCUAUGGUUUUCGAAGCAAGCACUUUGUGGUAUGGAACGAGACGCGGCGCGAGGAGUGCCUGUCCGUCGACUGCGGCGGUGCGCAUCGCACAUUCAGCUUCCAGCCUGGGUCUCUGGCCACGGAUCCCUUGCGAUGCGCCUUUACAAAGGCGUCCCGACUGAGUCUGUACGCGCAGCAGGCCUCGCACGCCCGGCAUCUGAAGAGCCGGGGCACGCACGGUAGGGAGAUCCGCGCGUUGAGCUCCAACGGUCGGUACCUGGCCACGGGCGCGGAGGACACGUCGGUCCGCAUCUGGGAGUACCGGGGGUCGCACGGGGACAUGCAGUGCCUGGCGUCCAUGAAGACGCACGUCACGGGCAUCCAGUCGGUCAAAUGGCUCGGCGACAAGUAUCUGCUCAGCAGCGCCGCGAACGAGGAGCUCUUUGUGUGGAGGGUGAGCCCGCUCAAGACGUCCUCGACGACGUAUCCGGUCCUGGGCGUCAUCUGCGAAACCACCUUUGACGACAAGACGACCGUGGGGGACCUGCGCAUCCUCGACGUGGACGGUGGUGUCGUCCAGCAGGAUGGGGAGGAGGCCCUCGUGCUCAGCUUGGUCCUCUCCAACUCCACAUUCCGCACGUAUAGGUAUACGCGCACCGCGGGAUUCCAGCUUCUCGCAAAGGGCGCCUACACGGGUGCGUGUCUCACCCAGGUCCGUCAGCUGGGCCGGCUCGGGGUGGGGGGAGAGGCGGCAUUGCUGACAGCCGCCACGGAUGGGCAUCUGGUGCUGUGGAAGGCCAUUGUCCAAGAGGGAGAGGCCGAAUCUUCGACGUUGGUGUACACGCUGGCGGGAUCGCUGCGAUUGCAUCAGAGUAGCAUCAAGUGUCUCGACGUGGUGGCGCUGUCAGACACUGAGGCGGUCAUUGUCACUGGAGGCGACGACAAUGGACUUGGUAUCACGACUCUCGCAAGGCGUGGGGAAGGAUUGGCCUUUGCGAGCAGGGGCAUCGUCCCCAGUGCGCAUGCGGCGGCCAUCAAUGGGGUGAUUGCGACGAGGAAGCAAGAUGGCGUUGUCGUGGUGAGCGUCAGCAACGACCAGCGAGUCAAGACGUGGUGGAUCCGUCAGCACGAUAGGGCUGUCGCCAAGACGGGUGAUGUGUACAGCGGCGUCGCAGAUGCGGGCGAUGUCGAGUUCCUGGACGACGAGGACGCUGGGCGGUUUGUGGUCGGGGGCGUGGGCCUCGAGAUCUGGCACGUUUGA